AUGUGGACUGCACGUUGUGGCGUCCCUCUACAAUGUAGGCCGCAGCGACGGCAGAAGCAGAAGGCGCAGCAGCGGCUGGGCGUAUACGGCUCCUAUCUGGCGCGCGGGCAGUACACGCGCGAGGAGGAGCACCAGGACGACGGCGACUACCGCGAGCGCCUCAGCGCCGCUGAGCUGCGCAAGCGCAAGGCCGAGCGCGAGGCCAAGGAGAAGGAGGAGCGCGAGCUGGAGGACAAGGCGAAGCAGGACAGCGCCGACCUACGUCCCAGCAAGAAGCUCAAGAGUGGAAUUGAGAAUGGAUCGAGUCAGGAGGUGGACAUCGAGGGGUCGGAUCGGGACGCGCGCUGGGCCAGCGAUUUCCUCCUGCAGUCGUCGCAAUCGCAGGAAGAAGACGUGCUGAGCCCGAAAACGCUUUCAUACAGCCUCAGCCCGUCCAGUCCGCCGUUCGCCUUCAACAUCGUCAUCCCCGAGUUCGAUGAGAGCCAGGCAGCCGAAGCUGCACCACCUCUGGCGCGCAAACUGGAGGAGGCGGAGGUGAAGAAGAAAAAGCGGGGCCGCUCGGUCAGCUUUGACGAGACCGUGACGAUGCUCGACCGCAGAGGCCGCACCGCUCGGUUUCCGCUUGCGCCUGGUGAUGAGCGGAGUAUGCAGAGUUUGGUCGCUGAUGGCGCCGCGCCGCCGGCGCCACGGCGCAGGAACCUCCGCGAACGUGCCCCCGUCCCAGAAAAGCCUGCGCCUCUCGCACUGGGCUCAUCCGACGAAGAAGAAGACGACGACGAAGAUGAAGAAGAGGAUGAAGGAGACGAGUACAACGUCAGCGAAGAGGAAGAGGAAGGGGAAACCACCAACAUCCAAGAGAAGAAGGAAGAACAGAAACGAGACAAGAAAAAGGAAAAGGUAAAGGAAAAGAAGGCUGGCGUGUCGGCGAACAGGAGGGCCAAGGCCAAGGCCAAUGGCAAGGCAAAGGAGCUGGCAAAGCCGGCGAAAGGCAAGAAGAAGAAGAAGAAGAAGACGGCGGCGCUCUUCCACCGUGCUUGCCUCAAGCAUCUGGUGCCGGAGGAUCACUGCGAGGUGCCCGAACGGCUCUCCGCCACCAUACAGUGCAUCGAAGAGUUGCACGAUUCGGAGGAGACGCAAAGGCAAAUCGAGCUCUUCGCUUCGCCAUCCAAGGCAGAUCUGCGAUGGGUCAAGGCCGUACACGACGCGUCGUACGUGCGGAAGAUGAGCGAAAAGGUGCCGACGCAAGGCGGUUCGCAGGUCACCGUGCAUGCCACCCUGUCGACCUUGGAGAUGGACAAUUCGGACGCCAACUUUUACACCGAUACAUUCAUGUCGCACGAGUCAUGGGCUGCGGCGCUCUAUGCCGCUGGGUCUGUCAUCGAAGCUGUCGACCUGGUCAUGGGCCAGACCCAUCGCAAUGCCGUCUGCGCCGUUCGACCACCAGGGCACCACUGCGGCCGUAGCGGGCGCACCGGGCAGGUCAAGUCGCAGGGCUUCUGCCUCCUCAACAACGUCGCCAUCGGCGCCAAGUAUGCCCUCCUCAAGCACGACCUCCACCGAAUCGCCAUCGUCGACUUUGACGUUCACGCCGGCAACGGCACGGAAGAGAUCUUUACCGGCGAUGACAACUUUCUCUUCGUUUCCAUCCAUGCCGUGGGCGACAGCUUCUACCCCGAAACGGGCCACGAGAGCGGCGGGAACGUGUUCAAUCUGCCGCUGCCGCACUGCACGACCGCAGCCACCUAUCGUCAGGAAUUCGAGAAGGUCGUCCGCAAGCUGGACGCCUUUGCGCCCCAAUUCCUCUUCCUUUCAAGCGGUUUUGAUGGCCACAAGAGCGAUCCCAUUCGCGGGGCGAGGAAGAAGGAAGGCUUCGCCCUGACCGGCCUAGACUAUCAUCACAUCACGACCCGACUCUUGGAGGUGGCAGAGCGCCACUGCGAGGGCAAGGUCGUGUCCGUGCUCGAGGGUGGGUAUGAUGUCGGCUCUCGGACGCGAGGACUGGCCGAGAGCUUUAAGGCCCACGUGAUGGCGCUGAUGGGCUGCAGCGAAGACGAUGUCUCGGCAGCGGCUCCGACGACCAAGCGCACCGCGAAGCGCACCGCACAAAAGCGAACCGCCAACAAAAAGGCCGACUCGAGCCAGGACGAGUACCAGGAGCCAGCGCGACCGGUCACUCAGGGCUCACCGCCCAAGCCAACACCGAGCCCCGCAGCGACCGCGGCGACGAUUGCGACAGUCGCGACGCGCACGCUCUCGCCUCCCACCCCGCCGCGCUCGUCGUCAUCGCCCGGAAGCGAGGAAAAGGCGAAGCAGAAGGCGAUCAAGGUCAGCCCGGCUCGAGGCCGGCCGAAGCCGCCUGUGGUACCGGCGACGUGGUCGCCCAGGCUCGCGAAGCGGCAGUUCACGAGCGAAGCCAGCGGCAGGAGCUCCGGGGUCGUCAAUGACAGCGACAGCAACAGCGAAAACGACAACCAGAGAAGGAAGCGGAAGAGGGGGUCCGCCGAGAGCGAAAACGAAAACGAUGAAAGCGCGAAGGCGGCGCCGGAGAGAAGGAGUGAAGCGCGAGGGUCGCCGGUUUUGCGGCGGGCCAGGAGGACAGCGCGGAGCGUCAACGGCAGCGGCAGCAGCCAGGAGGGCGACGUGCUGCCCAGGCCGCAGGGGAAACGGAUAGCCCGGCGGACGCGGCAGGUGGCGAGCAGCAGCCAGUCGGAUGCGGACGGCGACAACGCCACCGCCGCGUUCACCAUCCAGGCUGACCGAAUGGAGGGUGAGUCAUCCGAGAGUCAAUCAAGUCAGCCAAGCCAGACCGCCGCCGCCGCAUCAUCGUCGUCAUCAUCGUCAUCGUCAUCGUCGUCAUCAUCGUCGUCGACCAAGCGAGCGGCGUCGCUGCCAUCGUCCCUGCCUCUCGUGCCCCAGCUCGACGGGCUCUGCGAUUUUGAAGACGAUCCGCUGUUCAUGUCCUCCUUCUCCUCGGCGCCGUCGCUGCAGGGCAGCGAGAAGGUGUUCCUCCUCGACCUGUCUCAACAGCCCGAUGCCGACGAUGACGAGGAGACGCAACUCGGUCCCUGA